CCAAAUUGUAACUUCUAGUCCCACCGAAUAAAACGAAAUGGAGCACAACGUGAACAAUCUCCGCGACGGUAUUUCCGCGGUGUACGCGAAAAGGCGUCACCGGUACCCGCCGAAGUACCAGAUGCUGGCCAAGCAGUGCGUGACGGACUUGCAGCAAACCUUGAAGGCGCGGUCCGCGGUCGCAACCUUCGACGACGACUUCUCCGAUGACUCGUCCGCGACAAAAAAUCCCAAGGAGCAGCGGGUGCAGAAGCUCGGCCUCACCGCGGACACGGUGAAGCAGCAGUUUGCCGCGUGGAUGGAAGGAGGCGCGGCCAUCCGCUACUUUCGGGAUGAAAUUACCAGCGAGCAGGCCGCGGCGAACAAGGUCGUGAUCACUGAGAGCAAUAAGAAGAAGAACGAGCAGGAGAAGGAGCAAGGUCUCUCUGUUUUCAAACUUGAAGCCGACGGCGGAGUGGUCAAAAAGGCAGCAAACAGUAGCUCUGCCGGGAUUAAGAUGAUGAACAAAGGCACCGCAGAUAGUACAACAGCCAGCACUAAAAUGGCGUCUACGUCUACAUCGAAGGGGAAAGCCGGUUCUUCUGGAGCUGCGUCGUCAAGUUCUGGUAUGAAAAAAGCAAAAGAGGUGAAGAAAAGCGCCAGCUCGGAGAAGAAAAUGAAAGGAGCGAAAGGAUCUAGUAAGUCUAUGGCCUCCGCCUCCAAAAACAAAGCUCCCGCCAUGGGGAGCAAAAUGGGGAGCAGCAGCAGCAAGCCAAAAUCUUCGACCUCUAUGAGCAAAAACAAAAUGGGCAGCUUGGCGGCGAUGAAGAAGGCGGGAAAGAAAGCUGCGAUGAACAGCUUUUCCGCAACUUCCUUCGCCCCAGCUACGAGAGCUCACACAGCAGCUUGUUCGACAUCAACCAAAAGCACUUUCCUAUUCUUUUCCGGCGCCGAAGAAGUCUCUAGUUCAGAGGAGGAAGAAGAUCUGGACUUUCCAGCAGAAACAGGGAUCAUUCUUGGGGCUAGUAGUUCUUCUGCGCAGAAGCCGCGGACCGCAUCUUCAAGCCAACUACCGCAGCAACGCUCUUCCUUGCAACGGGUUCCAAUCGCGAAGACGGUUGCGAAGACAUCCGCUUUCCCGGCCAAAAAUCCAAACGAUAAUAUGGUAGCUGGUGCACAUCAGGGGGUUCCUGCUUCCAGUAGCUCAUCCUUUUCCACCAACGCGGCCUAUGGAGGUCUUGGACCUAUCAUGAAUCUGCAGGAGCGCAACCCAGAUCUGUACAACGCAAACAACGCAACCAGCAGCCCUUCUACCGCCAUUCAGCCGAUUCAAACGAUCAACGGGCAGGUCCGACACUUCUGCCUGCUUUGCGGCGCCAAUUUCCGGUCGCAAAACACGCUGCGCCGGCACGUGUGCCCGAAGGCGAACGAGGAAGCGGGACAGGCCCGGAUGAACCUGCUGGACACUGCCCGGAAAAUCCACCUGCUGCCCGAGCGCGGCCGACUGGAGGAGGCCCAGCUGCACCCAGCCGCCACGACGGCGUCUGGCGCGAAGAUGCUGCUGACCGAAUCGCGCGCGAGCCGACCGGACGGCACCGUCCAAGACAUGGGCGUGUACCGCGCAAAAACCUCCUCCCGGAGCAGUCACCGCGCGCAUGGCCACUUCUACCCAACAGCCGGAGGUGGCGCAGGUAUCAGCAGCAGCGGUGCUCCUGCACCUGGUUCUACUUCAGCGGGAAGUAGAUUCUCCCUGUCUGAUCAAGCUGGCAAUACCAAUAUGACUGAACAGCUGGACAGGAAGAUGGUCGAGGCCUUCGGGAAUUUGAAAAUCAAAUUCAAGACCGAGCACGACGUGCGCACGCACCACCAAAAGGACAAGCAGUCGGCGAAAAAGAAGUCGCAAGCCGCGGACUUUUUGCGACAGAACGUUGUGCACUUGGACGAUUUCCAGGCCACUUCGGACGAUGAGCACCACAUGGACGAAAAGAGCGACCCGCUGUACCAAAAAAUGAUAACCAACCAGCACCGGGUCAGCAUCACAAACUCAAGCGGGGGAGUGAGUGGAGGCAGUCCCCCCCGGCAUGAAGCUACUGCUGGCUCAACUAAAUCCACUUCGUCUUCCGUGAAAGUCUCCUCUACGUCGAGCAAACAACACGCAACCUCCAGUAGCCCACCGGCAAAGGAGCUGCCAGAGUUUUGGAAGCAGAAACCCUCCGCAUUGGAGCAGCACGUGCAGAACAAAGCGAGUGGAGGUAGUUCUCCGCUGACCGAUUUGCAAAAAGAAAAGUGGACGAUCAAUCUGGUAUCGCCAUUGCUCGAGAAAACCCGGAAGCUAGAGGCGCACGUGCCGAGCUACCAGCUCACUGGGACAGCAGCUGCCACUGGACGCACUUCUUUGAGCGGUAAAAUGAAUGCAGAAACUUCUUCUCCGAAAGGAGGUGCAACUGCAGUAGUCGCGGUUUCUUCAUCCUCUCCACAGCGCGACUCCACCGGUUCCACUGGUGGUCGUACCAGCGUGCUGAAACACCAAGCGACAUCGUCAAGCGGAGGUCGCGACUCGCGGACCAGCCUUGUCCAAGUUGUCGCGACUACUAAAAAUGCGGCUCCUUCCCGAGACGGUGUUGAAACUAAACGCGACUCCCUUCGGAGCAGCGGGAGCCGCGGGAGCACCUCCAGCAGUCCGGCCUCCUCGCCGAAAAUGCUCAACCAGAAGCUGCAGGCAGCCGGGAAGAAGGAGAAGUUCGUCAGCACAGGAAUCACUGCUGCGCGGCCUGGUACUACUUCUACACAAUCUCCAAAGGUGGACAACAAGAGCCCGAGGCUGCAACUGUACAAGCGCCCGCGGAUCUCGGUGGAAUUGCCCCACAUGAGCGAGGCAGAGGAGAAGAAACUCAUGCAGGAGCUGGCCCUGGAGGCGGAGCAGUCGCUCCGCGACGCGAAGAAGGGGAAGCAGAAGAACAUGGUGCGCGACGAGAACUACAGCCCGGCGGAGGCCAAGAAACGGCGGAAGAUGCGGGACGCGAGCGAGCAGGCCAGCCUCCAAAAGGUCAUCAGUACCAUCGCCGCUUCCACCGGUGUAGCAACCAACGCCGGCGAAACCACGGCGACGGAACCCCCCUCAGACCAACCGUACAAGAAGAAGAUGAAAGCUACCGGAGGAGGUACGGCCACCGCUAGCAGCAGUGGUGGAACUGCAAUUUCGAAAACCGGCGCGGCCGCAGCUCAACAAAGUUUGAGUCUUCUGUCGCCCGCGAUGGUGGCGGUUUCGGAGGAGAAAGUUUGGUACAUGUUUUGCCAACUGCUAUUGGACAACAUGCGCGAGGCGCACUACGUCGCGGUGUUUUGCCUCACCAAAGAGUUCGCGCACACCUGGUCUCUGCACUACAGUGUGGAGAUGUUGUUUGACCUGCUUUUGCAGAAGAAAACCUUCGCGCCGAGAAUUGCGAACUCGUCCGGGGCGACGGGGGGCGGCACUGCCUUUAACGCCAACAAAGGCGGGGAGGAACAGGACGUCGAGAGCGGCAAUUACACCCGCGGUGAGCUCUGUCACCAGUACCUGCAGCCCGGGACUGCUAGUGCGCAGCUGCAUGCGCUGGCGUUUCUGGCACAGUGGUUUGUCGCGCCGGCCGUUUUGCGGUUCGAAAGUGCGGAGCGGAGCAAAUUUGAGAAGACGCGGGCUACGGCUAGUAGUAAAAAUGCAAGCAAGGCGUUUGUCAAUGGGAGGUCCUCGUCAAAACUUGAAGAAGAAGCGGAGAACGACCAGCAGUCCCCCGCCUUCGGCUCCUAUUCGCUGAAGCGCCAACGCUCGCACUCGCAGAAAGACGAAGAAGAUGUUACUGGAAAUUCCGGAAUGAACCGAAAAAGUAGCAAGCACUCUCUAUUCUCGUCUGACGAGGACGAGGCAGGACAAUCGGGCUCGCACCAGAUGACCAAGAAGCGCGCGGUCAGCCCCUUGAAUUUCGACGGCGGGGGUAAUAUUAAAUCCCUUCCUGCAUCAGGAGACCCCCACACCAAACCGCCUCUCUCGCCCCGUUCUCUGGCGCUACAAGCACACGCCAUGACGGCGGUAAUGGACGACCUGUCCCCGGUCCCGCAGUACCAGGGCCUGGCCCCGUCGGUGCAGCUGGAACUGAAAAAGUCCGCGGCGGUGACGCCGCUGCUGCAGCACCAACUCUCCCCGCGCGGCCUGCAGACCACCUUGAAAGAGGAAAUGCGGACCAUGACCAGUCCCCGCACAUCACAAGCCAUUCGGGAUGAGCUCGUCAUGAACAACCGAACUACAGGAGCUUCUCCUGGGCGGGCGGCGACGUACUCCACGGAGAUGAACAAAAGCUCGAACACGUCGACCAAUGCGCUCGUACCGACAAGCACCAGGGCAGCUCCUGGAGGGUCUACUGCUGCUCCCGGUGGUGGUGGUGGUUCCCCGAGCAGACUGAUGACGGUUUCCCCCAAGAGAGAUGCCCCGACCGGCUUCUCGCCCGCCAAGACCCGGCCUUUCAACGAAUUCGAUCAGUCCUGGCAAUUCGGAGUGGGACACGCGAUGCGCUGGAACUUGACGCACAAGGACUCGCCGAUGAAAAACCCGUGGCUCGCGACAGUGCCGAUUAAACUGGUACAAAUUUUCCUUGUCCUUUUUUGUACUCGUUUCGUUUGAUGAUAAUUGCGCUUUGAUGUCGUGAUGUCGCACUCGCACUUGUUGAAUGUCAAUUUCUCCACGCAGGAGAAGUCGCCAGUAGAGUACGUAGUCAACAUCGGAUGUUGAAUAAUUCGGCCAAUGACAACGCCAGGCGAAAGUCGUCUCAUUUUAUUGACAAGAUAAAGAUGCCGGUGUUUUGCGCUGUGGUGCCCAAAAUGAAAAUGAUGAUCCAAAUUUGAUUUAUUUUUUACAGAGCACAUUCGACCAGUCCGUUCCCAUGUCUACAACCGCUUCCCGUCAAGCCAGUCCGCAGUUGCGGCAGACGGCUUUCUCCUCUCCUGUUCCUCAGAACAAAGCAAACCCGUCCUCCCCCGGUGGGAUUCUGUUUCAGGCUAUGGAAAAUUCGCAGUCACCGAGCAGACGGGACACCCCGUCGGUGUCGCCGAUCAACUCGCCCAGGUCCGUGUUGGGAAGUGGAGCAGUCGCUGGGACGACGACCACAGGAGGCGUUAAUAAGAAUAACAGCAUGAUGAUGUUGAAGCAAAGUAGUCCGCGACCUUCCCCGCGCUUGAGCAAGUCGCCGACCAUUCGCCCGGGCCAAAUCGCAGCGGAGGUCAUCACGCAAAACAACAAGCAGAAGUGGCAGAAGUUUUACUUCGAAACGGUGCUCGAGUGCGACAAAAACUUGAAGUUCGAAAACCAGAAAGUUGACGGAACGCAAGCAGAGGGGGCUGAUGCAAGUACUUCAACUUCUAUCAAAGCCGUGAACAUCGAGUCUGUGGAGAAGUAUUUCAAGCACCUGGUUUGCUUGGAUCAGUGCGAGCAGUACCUCCUUCCUAUCCUGUGCAAAAGUAUCGUACUCGUAUAAAUGCAAGUCUUACAUUACAAAUCUUUUUCUUAAGGUAAGUCCGCAUAUACAAAUUUUCUUUCUCAUGCUGAGAAAAUUUGUAAUGCAUUUAUACGAGUGCGAUGCUUUUGCAAUUCAUACUUCCCUUCAAGUACCAACAAGGAAACAAGGUAGAUGCCUUUAGCGCGUCCAAGCAGCCUCUGGUGGAGGCGUAUGACGCGGCCAUUGCGUAUGCAAUUACAAAUAAUUUCCUGCACACGUACAAAAUGCAUGAUUAAUUUCGCUACCGCAGAUGACAGAGUACUAAGCCACUUGUCUGCUGCCUGAGUAGGAUUCAAGGCAUGUUUUGUCGUGCAAAAAGAACUACAUGUACAUUUGUACGUGUCCGGGAAAUUUACCGUGGAUAUUGCGAACGGCAACGGGCUGUUUCUGCUGGACAAGUACCUGAUUCAGCAUAGCAGCUCUCCUAUGCAUGGCAAAAGUAUCGCACUAGUAGUGGUCAACAGAUUAAUUGCAAUUAUACGAAGUGGUUUUCGAAAAAUAAGAAAAAUUCAACUUUUGAUGCUGACCCAGCUACACACGACGAAGUAAACUUCUUGUCAUGCGUCUUGUUCAUGAUUGCGAUUAAUACGUCGAGUGCGAUAGUACUUUUCCGGUGCAUACUCCCCGCGGUGUUGGCCUUGAUCCUGCUCCACUGCCCCUGGACGGUGGUCAGCAACAAGACCAAGCACGCCAUGGCGCAGCUCAACGUGGACCACGCCGAAAAGAACAACUCGCUCGCCACCAGCCGCUUCUUCGCCUACAUCAAGUUCAUCCUCAAAAAGUACCCGGAUUUGAAGCACGGGACGAUUGGCAGCAGCCUGGAGAACUGGACCCGGAUCGAGACCUCGAACGCCAGCCCGCGGGCGUUUCAAGUGCAGCCGCGGUCCUCGAAACAAAUCCAGCCCAACGACCUGCGCUUGCUCAAAUCCGCCAUCACGGCGUCUCUCUCCGCGUUCGCGCACCUCUGCCCGGAAGAGCGGGCGCUGCUGAAGCACUUUUGCCAAGCGGAGGUGGAUGAAUUGCCGGCGGGGUUUGAAAUCCCCCGGAAGUUUUUUGCGGCGGGGGCAGGGUCGUCUGGCAAGGGGAACUAUGCUGGUUCAGCAUUGACGAAUGACGACGUGCAGUGGGAAGCUAUUAAAGUGUUCUCGCUGCAAAUUAAUCCCUCGGGAGGGAAUGGGCACUAGAUGGGGGGUCGGUGUGGUUUUGGUAGUAGUCGCUACGGUUUCUAAAAGAAAAAGCCCACGUAUAAUACAAAUUUUCAGCUAUUUUAUGGGUGAGCAAAGCUGUAACAAGCUGUCAUCUUUGAUGAAAACUAAAACUUUCCUUUCAAUUUUUUGCAACACUCGUAAUGUCGGAAUCGGAGUAAGAGUUUACGCAUGAAACGAAUAAAAGGAUAUCAACGUCGACCACAAUUACAUCGAGCGCUGGUUGUGAUUUUUUCUCAGCUGCUCACGCAAAAGAAUACGGAUUUAAUAUACAAUUAUAGUUCGCUACAUUCUGAAAACGUCAUACCUAAUUUCAAACUGAUACUAGUCUUUUACUACGGACAGGCCGAGACAGUCCAGCUGCAGGCUUUCAUAGCUUUUUCUUUAUUCCUGCAUGCUCACAUAUGAAUAUGAUGUAGAUUUUGAGGCACAUCUCCAAUUUUUUAGUUGUCAUGUAUUUUCAAAAUUUUUGUCCAUAAUGACUGCAGCAGUGAAACUACCAGUAGAAGGAGUGAUAGCAAGAGUGCGAGUAGAGCCUACAGCUUUCUGUUUUGCGUUCAGACAGAAGUAAGCGGCGUUUUGUUUUCGGGCAAUAAAGAUAAACCGCAUCAAUGUAUUGAAACAAGCAGAGUGCCGUCGCGAACCUCAUCUGGUAUUGCGCAUGCUUUUGCAUCGAUUGACGAAGGAGCAGCUGCAUGCUGUUGGUGCCGUGACUCUUUCUCUUUCUCCUUUGUAAUUUCAUGGAAACAACAAAUCGAGCAAGCUGCUGGAAAACGAGUUUGUGAUGCACACGGAGUUGAUAAAAACAAAAAGUGUAAGUGAAAAAUAAUUAGUACACACCAGUCACCAGAU